AUGUCAUCAUCAUCAUCAUCGCCACCACUACCACCUGGCAAUCCCCUCGCAGCCCUCUCAGUCGGGAAGAGCUUUAAGCCCAGGACUGUCGAUCUCACGGUGGAAGACGAGGGCGUCAAGGGCCGUCGAAAACACAAGAAGGAGAAGACAAGGAAGCACAGUCGUCAUCGUGGAGAGGUCACGUUCAAUGUCGGCUCCUUUGAGUUCUUCGCGGACUCUAUCGGCUCGGCGUUCGGUAACGGCAAGUGCUUCCGUCCUGAAGUGCCUCCUAUACUGAAGCGUUUGGUUAACUCUGGUGGUCGUCGAGAUGGGCUACGUGAUGCACCUGUACGCUAUUAUGACAAGAAGGCGACGGUGGUCGUCAACGCGGCCAGUACAGAUCAUUGGGGCCCGGCGGCUAAGGGUAAAUGUGAGAUGCCUGGGGUUGAUGACGCCUUCUUGGGCAUGGCUGAUCCGAAGGCUCAAGAGGAGGAGAAGGAAGGAGGUCAUGAUGGUGACGCGGUAGGGGACGACAGGGACUUGACGGUGGCCCUUGGGGAACUUGAAACGGAGAACCGCCGUCUUGUGCAAGCAUGUCGGAGUCACCCUGAGAGGGUAGAGAACUGGAUGGAGUUCAUACACCAUCAGAAAAAGUGGAUGGCUAGUCUUGGUAUUGACAAGGGCAGUAUCGAGGACAAGAUAAGGACUAUACUCGAGGACGCUGUGACGAGCUCACCUGGUACACCACGGUUAUGGCAGUUGCGCUUGCUCGACCACCCCUCGCCGAACCGGAAGCAGGACCAAACUCUUUGGACUCGGGCCAUGCGAGAGCCCGCCGUUGCGAGUGCCCUUGCCAGCUCGUGCGUGCAGAGUUUUUUGGAUAGUGGUGACGCUCAGGGCGAGGAUCUGGGGCGUGACCCUGAGGCCUUGUUGGACGCUUUGAUGCGAUCAGGGGUACUCAGCUCUCUCACUAUGGAGGUGGUCUAUGACAUGCUCUGCCGUGUGGCACUGUGUGACAUGGACAGGGCUAUAAUGCUGUUCAGAGGGGUGGUCACUCGGGCCCUUUUCAAAAAGAUGUCGCCUCUUAUCGGCACUCCAUCGGCUCACUAUGCUCUGGUCGGGCAGGACAUCAUGAACGUCAACCCGGGUUAUCUCGGCAUUUGCGAGAGCAUUGAUGCAGCCUCGCCGUCCACCCCUGAUGAUAUCGAUGUCGAACACAGCCUGGGCGUGACUCUGGAGAACUUCCCGGAAUCUCCAGUCUUGGGUUGGGUGGCCAAGGAGUUCUCGUUGGAGGUACCUCGGACGCCGAGGCAGGAGCUCAGCCAGGCAGAUGCCCACCUGGUCGGGAGGCUGGCUCGGGACUUGACCAAGAGGGAUGGCAUGGAGUUAGUCUUAAGGCUAGUGGAUAUUCUAUGUGGAGCUAGCAUGGAUUCUCUGCAGAGGUUCUCCUGUCGGCAUCCUUAUCGUUUAGUCUUCCACGGCUACUUUGGCGAUCCAGAGCAGCUCCCCAUAGUGUCGGGCUACGCUCGUCUCCUCGCCGCGAGAUGCCUGGCCCAUGCAUUGUUAGCUUGUACAGCAGAUGACAUCGAUGAGUCGCUGCUCCUAAGGGAGCUCAUCGUUGCAGCUGAACCCUCUACCGGAAGGGCCGUGGUGGCAACUAGUACAGCAUCUGUUCGGCUGUGGUCAGCCUAUGCAAUGACGCAAACGAAAGAGGCCCCUUCGGUGACAGAGAAAUGCAUAGCGUCGUUCCCCCAGUGCUUGCCUCUCAAGGCUGGCUGGGCUUUCCACAAGUUGGUCAACGGCUCGGACCUGUCGGGCGCGGUGGAGUGCAUCGUCGACGGGUCCUCGAAUGUCGCUAUAGCAAGCAGACUGGAGGAGCUCCGGGAUAGUCUACCCUCGGCCGAGCGGACAGAUCCACCAUCUAUUGGCCUUCCUUCUACGUUCACUGCCACUAUUUGGUGCAUUUGGCUGCUCGGUGUGGCUAAGAAUCCUGGGCACCCCGAAAAGCCGCUGGCUGAGUUUUGGCGGCUUUUGCCGAGUCCUACUGCUUCUGCUGUGGGAGACAUGUCCAACAGAGCAAUGGAGGUCGUGUGUAAGUGGCUCAUCGACGCUAUGCGGAGCAUAUCAGUGCCUCCUAUGCUCAUGCGAGACGCCUGUCUCAGGGCGAGCACUAUGUUCCCGGGCCGACCCGAGCUACUGCCUCAGGACUUGCCGACUAGAGAGCUGUGGCGACUGCAGCCAAUAGGUCGGGAAGCCGCAGCGAGUGCCGCCUUAGGGGUUCACUCCCGGGCCCUGCAUGCAACUAUAACAUCAUCAUAUGCCUCUGCUAAACUGCCUACUGCCUCUCUUGAAGUUGCCAACGUGCUGCAAGCCACCGAUCGAGCUUCAGCGGAACGACACUGUCUGGCGGCCCUUGGACGCCUGUCCAUGCCUCAUCGAGGGCUAUGGGCCAUCCGAGUAGCCCUGAUAGAUAGUUCUGUCAUCGACUUUGAGGACAAGGUGGUUGAUGUCGUUUGCGCCAUGGCCGAGGCCGGCAUCGAGCCGAGAAGUGACAUAGUCGAGUGGUUAGCGGCGAUAGAGGGACGAGACGAAGGUUGA